GGACGCUUCGUAAAGCGUCGACGGAUUAUUCGCCGCCGCGAGCAGUUUUUACGGAAGAAUUUGCUGGUUUGUGGCAGUGAAAGAAGCCUAAGACUGCUUGGAGUGUGAAAUAAUAAACGUAAGCACUGUUAGCGUUAUCUACGAAUGUGCCGAGCGGUGGAUUCGUCGUGUGUCUGCGAAAGUUAUGUGACGUGAGAAAUCAACGAAAUCCGUGCGCUGGAUUUGUCAAACGGAUUACAAUCAGUUCUUGUUCACGUUCGCCAAGGCCGGAAAGAAACCGCCGAAGGAUGCAGCUAUUAUGUAGCACCGUCCAUCGAAACGUUCAGGCACAGCUAAACGCAGCCUUUGCGCUGGAAAAAUGUACGAUGAUCGAAUCGUGCGAAAUUGGACCAGAUUGAUAAAUGGUGUGGCGUAUUCUGCACUAGGAAUACCGAAUGCCAGUCCCUCGGCAAACACUGAUUUAGCGGGGCAAACGAUCGUGCUGUGUGCGCGGAGUGACGGUUAUCAAGUGUGGGAAACCACAGAAAGCAUAAACCAUGAGCAAUAUUAAAGAUUAGAACCAACAAGAAACCGACAAUUGUAUGGCGAAAAUUGUAUUAUUAGGUGUAAAAAGAAGCGUUCACUAGCAGAGCCCUUCUGUCGUGUCUGUGUGCUGUUUCGUGUGAAGGUUGCAGGCUUUUCGUACCUUUUUGUAAAUCGUGUAGAGUGAGAUACGUGUGUACAAAACUAUUGUAAAAUUGUGUACUGGUUAUAUUGUAAAGACUGCAAGUGAGUGUGUGUGUGCGUGUGUGUACGAUGGAGUGUAUGAUAAACAAUUUCACGUUUUAGUGGUUAACCGACUCUCCUUAAAUACGACCUCCGCGAAAACGCGAGAAAAGUCAGUGGACGAGAGAAGGGGAAAAGUGUACAGAACCGUAUUCUGAAAGGAAAGACGGAGCCUACUGCUAUUGUAACACAAGCGUUAUAGUAUGACACACAAUCUGGGAAUGGCGUCGUAUCGGCUACCCGGACCCGGACUAUGUCCACCAGAUUUCAAAUCGCCAUCGGAGUCCCCCCAGCUGCCCAUCUCCGCGCCGAGCAAUCCGAAGAAGCGGAGAAAAACGUCCAACGUCGCGAAUGCUAAUGCGGUCACCGCGCAACCCACGCCGACACCUUCCCCGCAGGAUCUGUUGCCACCUCCGCCAACCGGGUAUGGUGAUACGAUAGUGGCUUCGAACCCUUUCGACGACACGCCCCCUCCGACACCCGCCUCGCACAUGGGUCACAUGGGCCACCCGCACGGAGGAGGUGGGCACGGACCGGGCCCGGGAAUGAUGGGGCAUAUGGGAGGUGGCGGAGGAAUGGGACACGGUGGGCCCAUGGGCAUGAACCAUAUGGGACCGAUGCAUGGCGGACAUCACAUGGGAGGACCGAUGGGUGGCCAUCCGCACGGGCCACCACACGGUGGACCAAUGGGUGGACCGGGAGGGCCGCAUGGAGGAGGAAUGCCGCACGGGAUGCCUCACGGAAUGGGACCGCACGGGCCUGGCCACGGAUCGCCCCAUCCCGGCAUGGGUCCCGGGGGGCCACCGCAUGGCCCGCCGGGAAUGGUGGGAGGACCGGGAGGUCCGGGUGGACCACAGGGCCCCCCGAUGCGGGGCAUGAGCCCGAUGGGUAUGGGCAGCCCGAUGGGACAUCAUCAUCCGGGAAUGCACAUGAACGCCGGGAUGGGCCAGAUGGGUGGAAUGCCGCACGGAAUGCAGCGGGGUGGCAUGAGCCCGAUGGGACCGACGAUGCCGGGUGCCCAGAUGGGUGGUCUGAGUCCCAUGGGCGGUGCCAUGAACCAGAGCAUGUCCCCGAUGGGCCCGAUGGGCGGUAUGUCGCCGAUGAGCCAGCAGCAGCAGCAGCAGCAACAGCAGCAGCAGAUGAACAACAAAUCUGUCGGUAGCCCGAUGAGCGGCGGCAACAUUGGAAGUCCAAUGAAUUCGAUGCCAGGAAUGGGCUCCCCGCACGCGGCCGGCCAGGGCGGUAUGCUGGGAAGCCCGAUGAACACUAGCGGAGGGCACAUGAACAAUGGACCGAUGGGACCACCGAUGAACAGCCCGCUCGGUAAUGGGCCACCGAAUCACGUGCCACUGGGGCCGAACUCGGCCGGUCACAGUCAAACGCCACAGCCAGUGUCGGCGGCGAAUGUAACCGUCGGCGGGCAGACGUCGCCGAAUGUGGUGGUAAGCGGCGGAGGACCCGGCCCCGGAGGUGGCAAUCCGGGCAUGAACAGUAGUAAUAGUAGAAUGAACCUACCGAACGGUGCAAUGGCGACAAAUCAGCAAUCAGGAAGUAUAAAUCAAUUACCUCAUCAACUCGGACCCAUGGGUGCGAAUCAGCAGCAGCAACAGCAGCAACAAGGUGGUCAGCAGCAAGGUGGCCCGCAGCAGAACAACAGUAGUCAGGGACCGAACAGUCAGGUGCUAGCCGGCAACCAGGGACCCACGCCACCCGGCAAUCAGUCAUCACAACAGCAGCAGCAGCAACAGCAACAGUCACAACCGCUACAGCCUCAUCCGCCACCGCACGGAGGUGGUGGCCAGCAUCAGCAGCUUCCCCUGCCUCAACAGUCACCUCACGCUCAACACAACCCCGGUGGCCCCGGUAGUGGGGGUGGUGGCGGUGGCGGUGGCGGCUCUGGUCAGCAGCAACACCAGAUGAACCAGAUGGUUGGCCCUGGCGGUGGUCCACCGAUGGGCAACAACAGCAUGGGCGGACCGAUGGGCGGUGGCAUGAUGGGCCCGGGAGGUCCAGUGAAUUCGAUGGGUGGAGCCGGAAUGAACCACCACCCGCAUCAUCAUCACCAUCACCAUCCGGGAAAUCAUCAGCAGGGCAAUCCACACAUGGGCGGCGGAAUGGGCGGCGGUGGACCUAACAACAUGCACCAUCACAUGGGCGGUGGUGGAGGCGGAGGAGGUGCGGGCGGUAUCAUGCCCCCGCACGGGAACAUGCCUCCCGGCGGCCUAAGGCCACCGAUGCACGGUGGAGGUGGUAUGGGAGGCGGAGGAGGAGGCGGUGGCGGCGGUGGAAUGGGCCCAGGAGGAAUGAUGGGAGGCCCGCCGAUGGGUGGCCCGAUGGGUGGUCACAUGGGUGGCAUGGGCGGUGGAAUGGUUGGAGGAAGUCCGAUGCAGUCGCCGCACAUGAUGGGACCAGGUGGACCGAUGGGCGGUCCUAUGGGUGGUCCGGGUGGUAUGGGAGGCCCAAUGGGACCCGGUGGCGGCGGUGGAGGUUUGGGACCUCCGGGCAAUGGACCGAACGGACCGAACCAUCAUCACCAUAUGGGCAUGUUUGGCCCGAAACCGAUGCCCGUGACGUCGGGCAAAAUGUACCCGCCCGACCAGUCGAAGGUGUUCAACCCGCAGAACCCGAACGCCCCGCCAAUCUAUCCCUGUGGCGGAUGCCACAAGGAGGUGCACGACAACGACCAGGGAAUUCUUUGCGAGUCGGGCUGCAACUUUUGGUUUCAUCGGACCUGCAGUGGACUGACGGAGGCGGCCUUUAAUCUGAUACACGCGGAGGUGUACGCCGAGUGGUGCUGCGACAAGUGUUUAAACUCUAAAAACAUACCGCUGGUCAAGUUUAAACCGUAGUAGAAGCAACCCCGUAGCUCGACCGGCCGGAGCACCGCGGUGCAGCAGCGGCGGGCCUGAGCCACGAUCCAACGCAACACAAGCCCGAUCGAGCGGCAACACGGUGGUGACGACGACGACGACGACGACGAUCAUGAUCAUCGAACGUUCCACGCGCACUUCUUGCGUUGUCGCAUUUUUCCUCGGAAAUUCCCACCGAAUGAGAACGAAUGGUUUCGGUGGUGGAAUGUCCAUUAUCGACCAGCAACAAGAUGGAGCGGUCACGGCACGUUAAUAUGAGACCAGGAAAUUCAUGAGGUUAAGCGGUGUAACGAAGAGAUCAUUUGGGCAUAAGUAGAUUGGAGGUUUGCUUGGAGGAUGUGUGUGCAAUUUUUAAAAGACUGGACUAGACUGCCACAGAUAACACAGAGAAAGAGAGAGGAAGGAGGAGGAGGUGAGGAAGAGAGAGGGAGAGUGGAAGCGGUAAACGAAAGUGUUAUCUUUCUAUUUUCCAGUACAACGCUGAUGUUGGUGGCUUGAAGGGUUUUGUUUGUGACUUAUUCAUCCCGUAACGCACCGACACAUCAUCUUGCCACGUCAAGAUGUACGAAAUUAUGUGUAUAUAUUUUUUUUUAUACUUUUAGAACCCGGUACCUAUAAUGACGACGUCUAUUUAUUACCAUUGCGUGUGGUCGUUUUUAGCGAAAACAAAGUCUAUCCUCAUAGAAUAAGGACACCGGGCGAUAAUCUGUACAACGCAACAGCAACAAAAUAAAAACAAAAAAUGCCUGCCCGUA